GGACGAGACAACUCGGAGCAAUAGUUUCACAAUACGUGUUCACGAGACCGGCGACAGAGGGCUGACACAGUAACCUUGCUCCUCCAUGACCUGAUUACCUUUCUGACUAUAUAGAAAUCAAUGCGCCAUGACUGCACCCACCGAAUCACCCGCUAAAUUGCAGUGAGCGCAGCAGACAAUCACCGAGUCCUCAUCGACCCUAGCAUCCACAAGAAUUGGCUGAACUGUGCGAGAUUCCUCCUCCUCCCUACAUCUGUUGUCAUACAUACGUACGCACGCACGAAUCUCGAGACUUGCGACACAACCAACGCAAACUACACGACGCAGAGCGAGCGGCCUCCGAACCGUACCAGUCGGAGACAAGACAAAACAGGAGAAACAACCAUGCCAUUCGCACAACUAGUGAUUGGUCCACCGGGUGCAGGCAAAUCGACAUAUUGCAAUGGAAUGCAACAGUUCAUGGGGGCGAUAGGACGCAAAGCAAGCAUUGUGAACCUAGACCCCGCUAACGAGUCGACCUCAUACAAAGCCGCAGUGGAUGUACGCGAGCUGGUGACGUUGGAAUCGAUCAUGGGCGAUGAGGAUACCAUGCUAGGUCCUAAUGGCGGAGUCCUAUAUGCGCUUGAAGAGGUCGAGCAUAACCUCGACUGGCUGAUAAAUCGUCUUUCUGAACUUGGUGACGAUUACGUUCUCUUCGAUUGUCCGGGUCAGGUGGAAUUGUUCACACAUCAUGACAGUCUGCGGCAGAUUGUGAAUGCAUUGGUUAAGAGAGCUGGGUAUCGUCUUGUCGUUGUCAAUCUAAUCGACUCCUAUGCCCUAACUCUCCCGUCCCUAUACAUCUCUACCCUCCUCCUAUGUCUACGCAGCAUGCUACAGAUGGAUCUCACCCAUAUCAACGUCCUCACCAAGAUGGACAACCUCCAUAAAUUUCCCGCCCUCGACUUCAACCUCGACUACUACACCGAAGUGCAAGACCUAGAAUAUCUUCUCCCGAAACUGGAAUUAGAGUCACCCAUGUUCGGACAAGGCAAGUUCCAGGCCUUAAAUGAGGCCAUCAUCCGGCUUGUCGAGGAAUUUGGACUCGUCGGCUUCGAGACUUUGGCCGUCGAGGACAAGAAGAGUAUGAUGUCGUUAUUGAGGACGAUCGACCGCGCUGGAGGGUAUGCCUUUGGAGGCGCUGAAGGUGCCGGCGACAGCGUCUGGCAAGUUGCCGUGAGAGACGGCAUGGGUAAUCUCGACGUCAGAGAUGUGCAGGAGAGAUGGAUCGAUCAGAAAGACGAGUGGGAUGAGAUUGAGAGGAAACAAGAGGAGGAGGAACAGAAGAAGAGAGAGGAAGAAUGGAAUCAGGGAAUGCAGAGUCAAGGUGGAAAUGGUGGCAUGUCUCUUGGUGAUGAUAUGGACUUGGAUGAUUUUAGGAAAGAUGUCCCUUUUGAUGGAGGGGUCAAGGUUCGGCGGAAAGGUGAUAAAAGACAGGAGAGAGGACCUUCAUGACAUCCACUGAUGUCGGUUGGUUAUAUUGCCACUUGAAACUGCUGUCAAUUAAUAGAUGUGAUACCCC